GACGGCGUCCGAAUAAUUCAGUCGUUUUCGUCAUUCGCUAGCGCGCGGACGCACCGGAGACGCGUGAGUUUUAGUUGGCAUUGCGGAUUAGAUCUGUGUUUUGCUGCUGGUGCUUCUGUUCGGGUGUGCAGUACACAGUGCGGUUCAGUGAACAGACACUCUUGCAACGGUAUUGCGAACAAAAUUGAAGCAAACGAACUGCGACCGGGACAGGCGUAAUGCCGACGACAGGAACGGGUUCGUCGUCUAUCGCCCGGUGACAUCGUUUGAAUGCGACCACGUUUUGCUAGCUACGAGCAAACAUCUACAGCAGCAACAACAACAAAAAGAGAGAUAAAAACAGAUAGAGCCGUAGAUAGUGAGUAAAUUAAAAUCAUAAUUACCACCCAUCCGUCCCGAUGUCUCAACGGUGAGAUUUGCCAGCACAAGGUAAGCAGAGGAGCGCCAAGUUGGAAAUCUGGAAAUGUGAUCACCCAUAGGCCUAACGGGAAUUGGGCAGUUGUUAAGACCAUUUGCCGUGUGUCUUAGAGAACGCUGCGUGCCGCUUUUUGUUUCGUGCAGAUAUUGUGGGCCUGAUACGUUUGAUCGUAAAAAUCGUACCCAUCACGACCCCAUAACCGGACGCAAACGUCGUACAGUAAUAUCCGGAACACGCUCGCUCCGGCUACCGCACCGUACCUGACCUUGAUCACGUGUACCGAGCCCAGGGUGGUCAGAGUGCGAAAGUGGUUUGACUGUGCGGAAAACAUAAACAAGGGCAGCUAGCAAAAAAACAUUAAAAAAUCUCAACCCGGUUUUUGGGAAAAAAGGUUACCCACCUCCAAAAAAAGAAAGACUUUCGUGGACAGUUUUCGCGUGUGCGUGUGAGCAGUGCCGAAGCAAGAUUAAUGGGACUGGAACCGUUUUCAGGCACGCAGCAGGGGAGGAACCGUUUCGAAUUGCCGAAAGGAAGCAAUUAAAAGAGUCUUUUGUAUUGAGCCAAGGGCCCUGCUAGCCCGUGUCCCGAAAGUUCGCGACUUUUGCGCGUGCCCGUACGACUAAGUUGUGAAAUCGCAAGGAAAUCAGCAAAACAGAACUAUCUAAAAUAGCACAACAACACACAACGCCUAGCGGCGGCCGUCUAGCCUGCAGCACAGCCUCCUUGGGAUCCCACCGUGGGCAUCAACGGACAGGGAGAGGUUGUCUAUGUGAGCAGGUGUGUGCAGGUGGCACGGGAGCCCAGUGCCUGCCGACUGGUUGAUCCAUUUUUGGCCUACCUCAUUAUCAUCAUCGAAGCGCAGCAGAAGAAUCGAGCACAAUUGGGCAAUGACGGAAAUGGAAAGGAAAGUGGCAGUCAUCGUCGGCUAUCAGCUGCGAUUGUUGCUGCUUGCGGUGACUUUCGCCACAGCCAUCCAGAUCGAUAAUCGGCUCGUACAGCCACAGCACGAUUGUUUCGAGCGGAUAGCGCUCGGUGCGAUGCUGCCGUUCGAGAAAACGUUCCGCAACUCGGACACCAACUCGCUGAAGAUCUGCGAAACGCUCUGCCUCAACGACAAGGAAUGUCAAACGUUCGCUUUCGGCAUUUCCGGUCGGGGCAAUGGUACGUGCCAGCUGUCGGCGAACACAAUUGACGCGACGAAAUCGCGCCCGGUCGGUACCAUCUUCGAUCCGGACUUUGAUCUGUACGCGCGCAAGUACAACUGUUUUUUAGAUGGACCCACCAACCCGCCACCCAAACCGGGAGGCCUGGGUAUCUUCCCCAAUGGUGAACCCGGCGGUGGUCCGCAGCGACAGCCUCCACCACCAUCUGCACCACAACCACCGAGCGGUGGUGGUUUUCCUCCGCCAGGCAUCAUUGAACGUCCUGGUCCACCGGUGUUCGGUCCACCCGUAUCAUCCGCUGGCAUCGACGCCCCAACCACUGCGAACGGUGGGUUUGUAGACACCUCACGACCUACCAGCGAAUACGGUACAACCGCACCGGGUACGACCGGAUACGGCCAAACGAACGGUGAAACACUGCCCGAAACAACGGCACCGGCCGAAGAGUUCUACACCACGAAAGAUCACUCGAAUCCGUCCAGCGGAGGUGGUGGUGGCAAUGGCGGUAAUCCAUACCUUCCAACAAGUACAGCCGCCGGACCACAGUACAGCCUGGUGACUGGGGAACGACUACCACCAACCCAACCCGGUGCAACAAUGCCCGAUCGCGAAGGUGCCACCAAGUACCCGCCAGACUAUCGGCCCACGUACGGUGGUGGUAGUGGUCCUUCCAAGCCCGCCAACUAUCCUUAUCAAUUCCCAAUGCUGUACGAAACGCACUACCCACUGCCAAACGAUAAGAAUGGCUAUCCGGAGAUUUACGCCCAGAAUGUUCCAACGCUGGACAACAAUUAUUUGCGGCCAGAGUACGGUGGUACGAGCUUUGGGACGAGACCUUCGGCACCGGCCGGAAGUACACCGCCGGCAGGACCGUCCGGUGGCUCUGGAUAUGGUGGAGUUGUGCAAAGGCCAAGCACUGGUGGUGGUGGUGCUGCUGGUAGUAAUGAUUACACCAAUAAUGGUGCUAACAAUCCUUCGGGCUAUCGUCCAUCGAAUGGCUAUGGAAAUGAUGGAGGGCAAAUACAUCGACCAUCUUCACCGGGAACUAGCGGGUACGGUGGGCAACCGGUACGACCCUCGGCACAAGGACCUAGUUCCGGCCCAUCAGGGUACGGUGUGGUACGUCCGGCUCCAGCCCCUCCAGUAGCUCAGUCUGGUCCAUCAUCGGGAGCAGGAUACAACGUGCACGAGGAUAAGCUCGAUCUACAUCCACUCACCAUUUCCAAACGCCCGUGCUAUCGUCGGGUGUUGGCCGGCAAACGGGUCGCCCCGCACUGGGUAAGGCGGACGCUGAUCUGUGAGCGAGUGGAGGACUGCCAGCGUGAAUGCGGUGACGAGAGGCGCUUCUCGUGCGAAGGCUUCAACUAUCGGCUGGAUCCUACCGGCCGUGGACAGGGCGAUUGUGAGCUGAUCGAUCAACCGCUUUCUCAGAUCGAUCUGUACUCUAGCCCGCAUCAGCGCGACUCCAACCUAAUUCGGGAUGCCGACUACGACUACUACGAGCGCGAUCGUAGUGCCAGCUCCAACUGUCGGCCGAGCUGUAAGGAUUGUAUGCUGAAACCCUUCCGACCGACGUUGGAGUUUGUACGGCCCACGACGUACCGGCCGCAUCAUCCAGAAAGCUACAAACCCUACCCAUCCGAGCAUCAUACGUACGAGGAGGACCACCGGUACAAACCGUCCGUCAUCACAGCGCUCGACAAGUACCGACCACCGAUGUACCCAAGCAGACCGGAGUUUGAGCGUUACAGUCCAUCUUCCAGUUACUAUCCUCCACCACCACCGCUACCACCGCCAGCAUCAGCCCCGCUCGACUCCUACCGACCAGCUCCACCGCCCUACAAACCCCCAUCGUACGGUGGCAGUGACAUCGAUCGAUACGGAACAUUAGAUCAUGGUUUCUUCAAACCGUACGAAACGCGUCCCGACUACCCGAGACCGCUUCAUCAUGAAGACAUCCGCCCGGCGCAUCGUCCACGCCAUCCGUACGAAGAUCGUGAUCCACCAGCAGGACAUCCGGCACCACCAGGCCCACCGUCGCACGUAGCUACCGUGCAACAGUAUGGUAGCAAGCCGAGCACCUUCAUACCGUACCUGAUCGGGCAGAACAUACACAAAAACGGUGGCAUUUACGGUGGUUCGUACGGUCCGUCGUUUAACGUCGACUCGUACAAAUCCAUCUCGGACUACUGGGGCCUACGGAAUGAAAUCAAACGCUACGACAGCCCAUCUUUCAACUACUUCGAGCUGCGCAACGAUCAUCACUUUGAUGACAACAAUGUCUGGAGCUACGGUGGUAGCAAGUAUGGCUACGAGGAAGAUCAUCAUCUGCUGCAGCAUCCGUACGCGGUGGAGCAUCACCGACCGUCAGGCUUUGGUCCACAGCAGUGGAUACGCCGGCCGAGCCACGAAGAGUGUUCGGUAAAGUCGAGUGAAGGUUUCCGACUGCACAAGGGUGUGGUGAAGUACGCCCUCAACACACCGACCGUGAUUGAGUGCGAGCGGAUGUGCUACUCGGAGACGCGGUUCCGGUGUCACACGUUCAGCUACCGCUAUUCGGCAGUGUCGCGUGAAAACUGUCUGCUGUGUGAUCGGCCGUUCAAUUUGCUGGACUUUUACGCCGACCUGGAACCGGACCGGGACUAUGACAUCUACUCGAUGAGCGAUGAUGCGAAAACUUGCCAUCCCGAGCUGAACCAUCCCAGGCGGGACUAUAAUGCGCAGUGCUUUAUAAGGGUGAUUGAUUCGGCGCGAUUCUUCAAAUCGAUCGUGCGUGACUCGCUCACCGUCCGAUCGAUCGGUGAGUGCGAGCUGGAGUGCAUCAAGGCGGCCAAGUUUACGUGCCGUGCCUUUACGUACAGCUUCGGACCGAACGCGGUCAAUGCGGUGAUUGACAAUUGUCAGCUCUCCGACUGGCCGGUGCGGGAUAUGGACAAGGACCGGCAUCUGGUGCCGGACGAAAGCUUCGACGUGUUCGAGCGGGCCAGCUAUGGGCAGGGUUGCGAGAUUCAGCCCAUCAUUGACGAUAAGCACAGCAAGAAGUUCUGCUACCUUGGGUAUGGAUCUCCGGCUAAGCUGCUUUCCUCCGCAAUUAAGAAGGUCACGUCGGUAAACACCGAGCUCGAUUGCAAAAACGAGUGUGUCCGCUUGCGCGAGGGAACCCAUUUCAAGUGCCUCUCGUUUAGCUUCAGCGCCCAAGCGUCGACGUACAACUGCGAGAUGUCGGACCUGGACCAGAGCGAGCUGAAGCUGGGCGUGCACUAUGCGCACACGAACGAUCGGGACUUUUGGCUGUUCGCGUGGAACCCGUUCGACUACACGUGCCGGGACAAGAUAACGACGAUUAGCGGUGGCACUCGGGCGAAUCACGACCGCCGGAUAGACGUCCUGCGCGAACCGGGUGAUGGAAGUCGGCGCCAGUAUACCGUGUCGGGGAAACCCUGCCGCCUCGGUACCAAGUGCGAGCGAAACAAGAUCACAGGAUUUUACUCCUGCGAGAUCGAGGGUGGUGAGAUUGGUUCGUGGGAUUACUGCUGUAAGACCGAGCAUCCUUGCGGCUACUCGCAUGGGUUCGACUAUCCCUGGUGCUUCGUGGGUGAUGCCCCAGAUCAGUGGCGCAAGUGCAGCGAUAAGUACUUCCCCAAGAAACAGCACGAUACGCGUUAUCAAGACGCGAAUAAAAAGGGUGAAAUCUAUCAGCCACCACCGAAGCCGGGAGGACUGAGACACCUGGACGGGGACGGGGUGACCGCACCGGCCGAACUGUGGCCCGUCACCUACCUGUACGAGAAGGGACCGCCGAACGCGACCGAGAUCAGCAACCACGUGAUCGACUGCAAGAAGGACAAGUGCUGAGAGUGCGCCCUGCAGGACGACACACCCGCAAACAUACUCAUACUCGAACGAACCUUCAACCCUUCCCCAACCCCCAUUCCCCUUCGGCCAAACCGUGUUCCAUGGGGCACCGCGAACGAGCGACUAAAGUGAAGUAGUACUUGGAAAGUAAUGGUAGCGUUAGGUUAUUAGGGUAAGAGCUGUCCAAAAUGGGGUCUUCUGGUGAUGCUUGGCGGUAAGGCGACCCAUUUGCGACAGGCGCAGGGAAGGACACAAAAACACACGGUACACGUUGCUGUACUGCGGCAGUUAGGAGUUAGGUCUUAGAAGCGUUAGUUAUUAAUCUUUUAGCGUACCGCCCGGUCAAACCCCGUUCGUCUGAAAGCUCUAUUCUAUUUUGGAGAGAUCCAACCAGUUUCGUCCAACAGCUAACAUUCUUAUUGUGCUUCGAAUUGGAUUUUUUUUAAAGCAGCUUGUGUGAGGUACUAAAACGGAAACCGAAAUGAGCAGAUUCCAUUACAAACAGCUCCGUUGGGGCUGGGCUUGUGAUAGACGAACGGAGCGAACGCGGCAUUCGAUUGCAUUAAGCAUGAGUGGACAUUUUAACGUAUUUAUUGUAACGCGUAAAAGAAAAAAUGGUAGUUUUUAGUAGAUGAUCGUACAUUUCUUACAAUAAAUUUAGUCGGACAGUUUCAAACAGCAAACCUUACAAACUGGUUUCAAAAUCAAUUCUUAGGAGGGUAUAACGCUCACCGGAGUUGUGAUAUGCAUUUUUGAACGAAUUAAGCUGGACGCUUUACAUUUUCAUGCCAAUAAUAAUAUAAUUCAGAAAAAAAUAUUUUCAGAUAAUUCAUUUGGGACCGUUUCAAAGCAACUAGAAGAGUGCCUACCGUUACAUGGAAGAAUCGAAUCACAGUCCGAACUUGGUUCUUUCGUUGCUUAACGUUUAUAUAAACUCUCUGUGAUUUUACAUGAUUAACUGCUUGACGUAGCGUCGUAAUGUCGGUCUUGGCUGGGCUUUUGUGCGCACAGGCUUAUUGGACGUAUUUGUAAAAAGUGUUUGAUUGAACAUGAAAAAAUGGUUCGGUUUUUACAUGAACUUCCUCUUCUAUUUGGGCGUAACGCCACAUGCGGACAAGCCCGGCCUACACAGGCGCUUUCGAGACUUAUUCAGUAUUACGCAGCCGGAUAAUCAGGGUCCUUGCUACAAGGGGAGGAAGGUCCAUUCUGGGCUUGAGAACCUAAGAUGGGUAUGUUGUUAAGUUGUGCGAGUUGAUGACUGUACCACGGGACCGCCCCCUUUCAGCCUGUAGAAGGGUGUUGUUGAUCCAAUUCUGAAAAUGGCCUAUUCUCCUAUUUAAUUCCCAACAAAGUGCUAUUGCUUUAGUGAUUCUGCACUGUGUGUAUGGCUAAAUGGUUGCAUCAAAUUCUUGUUAUGAUAUGAAAUUUUAAAUCUUUUGCUCGGUUUCGCUUAGAGCAGUGCCCUGGUUCCUCUCUUCUGCUUCUAUUUGGAGUAAUUUCUUGUCGGACUUUUAUAGAGGCGUUCGAAUUUUAUAGUUAGUUUCGUCCUUGCUACGGGGAGACGGUCCAUAUGAGGAAUGAGCCUAUGAAGGGUAUGUUGUUAAGUCGUAUGAGUUGACGAUUGUACUACGGGACCGUCACAAUUUAAAUCCCCCUAUUGGUUGGCCUAUUACACGAUUUCAUUUGCAACUAAGUGUUACUGUUCUGUACUGACGAUGACUUUUCCCUGUAUAUGGUUGAAUGUUGGCAUUCUUUGCAUGGAUUCUUAUAAUGGUGUGAAUUUUUAUGGUUAUUUGAUAGGCUUCACUAAUAACAGCGUCCUGGCAUUGUGCCUGAUUGUCCAAUAAGGCCUGAAUUUGAUUGACCUCAUAGCUCCUGAUGUAUGAAAACGGCCCUAAAAAGCCGGUAUAUAUCAGGCAUGUUAUAUUCUUGCGAUGUACACAUCCAAAAAUCGAAUUCAUACUUGCUGUUUGCUUCAGUUGUAUGCAAAAGUUCUCUAUGGAGUUCAUUUUUUCGACCUGUAAACCUGUAUAUCAACCUAAUCCACCUUCUUAUCGACAAACGAUGCCAAAAUUCUAAUCACAAGACAUCGAUUCGCUUCUUUACCCAUUUACACGCUAUUUUGGGGCUUGCUUUCAAGAACAAUCACCUUGAAAACCACUUCGGAUGUUGCCCAACUGUGUACCAGGAACCAUCAUAAUGUUUAAUAAUAUUGCGCAGUUGUUUUAUAAAACCCUCUUCCCAAACGCGAUCGCCGAAUAAAUCGCUAAACAUAUCCUAUUCCGUUUCCUCUGCGCUAUCUCUUGCUAUCGGCAUUACUCUAAAAUCUAUUACUCUAGUAUUUCUGUAAAAAAAACUGGAACAGGCUCCAUUAAAAAAGGCUCACCCACCGUGCCCUUCUCAUUUGAUGUUUCGCAUCCCUUCCGCACUGUACACGGUGCGACUUCGGUAGGUGCUGUGGGGCGGCAGCGGAGGACCACCGCAAACAACAUCCCCGUCCUCACGCCCGAUAUGCUUGGAGGAGGACAGUACCAUGUCAACCGGCACUUUGGUCCACUUCUUUUUCUUACCUCGUCUUGAGCUGUUUUUCGAGGAGCUGGAGCUGGCGGAACUUGUGACGCUCGUGUUCAGCUCACUUCCGCUUGAUUCCGGGUCGGGUAUCGGCUGUCGAAAUUCGACAAUCGUCGGAAACAGCACGGUGAGCGGUUUCGAUGGAUCGUAUUUCAUGUUUUCCGACGGUUUCGGUG